CCAGAUCGAAUCCACCUCCACCGCAAAACAAAAAACAAAAGCAGCAGCAGAGUCUGCACUCUGCAGCUGUGCUGCCUCGCGCGAGCUAGCUAGCGAGCAAAGCUACCAGCAGCCAGCCAGCCACCAGGCACCAGCUCACUCCCACACGCUUCCCCAUCUCGCCUCCCCCGAGAUCAGAGAUCCCAUCUCGCGCACGCGCGACCAUGGCCACCGCCGCCACCGCCGCCGCCCCGGCCUCCGCCUCCGCCUCCGCCUCCACCUCCGGCCGCGACGCCCCCGCCGCCGCCCCCUCCGCCGUCUGCCUCGUCCCCUUCAGGUGGUGGGCGGGGGUGAGGGAGGAGGCGGCGGAGGAGGGCGGAGUGCGGUACGCCGCCACCCCGGCGGCCUCGCCCUCCUACUACGGCCUCAGGCUCCUGCACAGCUUCCUGCAGCCGGAUCUCGUCCUGCGCCUCGACCGCGGGGAGUGCCGCGCCGCCGGAGGAGGCGGGGGACGUAGCUACGCGCUCGUCCCGGCCGACGAGCUCUCCCGCGCGCUCGCCAGGCAGAACUCUAGUUUGGCAUUGCAUAAUAAACAUUCGUUUGCUGGAGAUAGUGCUGGUGCUUAUCCUUUGGUGCUUAGAAUAUCUGUGCGUGAAACAAACAUUUUGACUAUUAAGAUCAGCAAAAAGGACAAUCCAGUUGAUAACUAUAAGCGGGCAAACAAGAUGUUUAACAUUGAUUCUCAACCAGUUCAUGUUUGGGAUUUUUCAGGGCAGACAAACCUAAUAUUAAUGAAUGAAUGGAAUAGAUCACAUCAAGACUAUUGCCAUUCAGAGCAAGAGAAUCUUCUAGAAGUUCAAGUCUAUGCAAUGUCCGAUUCCUUAACAUUCAAGAUUGGCGGGACCAACAUGAAUGUUGAUAUGUCAUAUGGGAGCAUUGGAAGAGCUGGCUCUAUGGGGUUAAUUGGAUUGGAAAAUCUUGGGAAUACUUGCUUUAUGAACAGUUCAAUCCAAUGUUUGGCUCACACAACAAAGCUUGUUGAUUAUUUCCUUGGAGAUUACGACAGAGAUAUAAAUCGAACAAAUCCACUAGGACUGAAUGGGGAACUUGCUUUGGCAUUUGGAGAAUUGUUGAGGAGUUUAUGGACUAACGAUCGAAAACAAGUGGCACCACAUCAUUUUAAGGCAAAAAUUGCCUGCUUUGCUCCUCAGUUCAGUGGCUUUAAUCAGCAUGAUUCACAAGAGCUUCUUGCUUUCUUAUUGGAUGGUCUCCAUGAAGAUCUUAAUCACGUGAAAUGCAAACCAUAUGAAGAAGCUAAGGAUGCAAGUGGCCGUCCAGACGAAGAAGUAGCAGAUGAGUAUUGGAGCAACCAUUUAGCUCGAAAUGACUCUGUAAUAGUUGAUACCUGCCAUGGACAAUACAAGUCUACAUUAACUUGUCCUACUUGUAGUAAAACAUCUGUUACCUUUGACCCAUUUAUGUACUUAUCUUUGCCUGUACCUUCCAUGGCAAAGAGGGCAAUGACUGUGACUGUUUUCAGCACUGAUGGUAGCAGAGAGCCAUUCUCAUAUGACGUCAGGGUGCCAAAAUUUGGCACUCUUAGUGAUCUUGUUCAGGUUUUAAGUGCUGCUUGUUCACUUCGAGAUGAUGAGACCCUGCUCGUAACAGAGGUCUAUAAUAAUCGCAUUAUCCGAUACCUGGAGGAGCCUUCAGAUUCAAUUUCGUUGCUGAGAGAUGGAGAUAAAUUGGCAGCAUACCGGCUACCAAAGCAAUAUGAAAAAUCCUCACUUGUGGUUUUUACACACAAAUACGUUGCUGAGCAUUCUGGUGUUAGUAACGUUGCUCCACAAAUCAAGGAAUUUGAGGCUCCGCUUUUGGCAUCACUUCCUGAGAUAGUCAGUGGAUUGACUCUUGAGAGUAUCUAUCUGAAAUUGUUGUACCCGCUUCGAUUUUCCAAGAGCAUUAGUUCGAUCACUGGUUGUGGGAGUUGCAAUGGUGACUGUGCUGUUGACCUGAUGGAUGCAACUGGUGACUGUGCUGCUGACUUGAUGGAUGCAACACCUUCGGAUUCAGAUGGUAAUUGUCAGAGUGCCCAGUCGGAAGAUGGCCCUGAAAGAAGCCACUGCGAUGCUAAUGAAUCUGAAGUGAUGGAAGAACCUAGUGAGUCAAAUUGUGGAGGAACAGCUAUUUCUGAUAAGGAGGCACACAGGGAACAGUUUGAAUUUUAUCUAACAAAUGGAAGGGAUGAUGUCCAACACAAGAGGAUGGAAAUGAAUGAUCUGAAUUUACUUGAGACAACACCAAGCCGGUUGCAUGUCGAUGUCCAUUGGCAACAUAGUGUGGCAAGACAAUAUAAUACCUCAAUGCUGAACAAUCUACCCGAGAUACAUAAGCUUGAGCUUAUCCCAAAAGGAACCGAAGAUUCUGUUGCACUACAUGGUUGUCUAGAAGCCUUUCUAAAAGAGGAACCAUUGGGGCCAGAGGACAUGUGGUACUGCCCUUGCUGCAAAAAGCAUCAGCAAGCGAUGAAGAAAUUAGAUCUCUGGAGGCUGCCUGAAGUUCUGGUCAUCCAUCUGAAAAGGUUCUCAUACACCCAGUUCACAAGAAACAAGCUUGAGACAUCUGUAGAUUUCCCCAUUAGUGAUUUGGACUUGUCACCAUAUAUCGCCGCCAAGCAUGAACAGCCAAACAGCCAUUAUCACUUGUACGCCAUUAGCAACCACUAUGGAAAUAUGGGAGGUGGACAUUACACAGCAAGCAUCUACCAAGAAGGGAAGGGAUGGUACAAAUUUGAUGAUGAAUGUGUAACACCUAUAAGGGAGGACAGCAUAAAAACACCAGCUGCUUACGUUCUGUUCUACAGACGAGAGUGAGGAUACAAGAGCAGUAGAAAACCAUUUUUUGCUGGAGUUUUGGCAAGACUGGAUUUUCCCCAGCAUAUUCAGCUACCUCUUGUUUGAUUUCCAGACGACACAUUGGCACUUGAAUCUCUCUCGUCACUAACCCCAUACAACAGCAUGUACAGAUUCAUUUGCCAACAGAACAGAAGACCUAGCUAAUGCAAUAUUCUUUAUUUUUCCAACCAACCCACAAUAUUCUUUCGUACAUGGUUUGGGUACACAUUGUAAUAGCUUCUAGUGUUGAUCAGCAAAAAGGACCAGCAAUAUUCUUUUUUUUUUCCUUACCAAAUUCUUUUUGCCAAGCGUGUGAAAUGAUGUAACAGCUCUGUAAAUUAACUCGUGUGAUCUGUUCUUGUCGCGAGGUUGACGCCACAGCCACUCUCCUGUGUAGCUCCAUCCAUGAACUGCAAAUUGAAAACUUUUCAUAGUCAGAAAGACACUGGCAUUGAUCAGUGAUGUAUCGAAAA